GUUAAAACAUUUUUAACUCGUUUUACUUAAACAAAAUGAAUAUUGAAAAUCGUUAUCAAGUGACGGCUUCCCUGUUCAUGUUAAAAGAAAUAAAGCGCAGACAAGAACACGUAGAUCGGGGCUAUGAGCUUUUGAAAAGAAAAGCUGAGGGUCUACGAAUUAAAGGUAGACAAGUGGCCUCGGAACUUAUCGCAACUCAUGGGCUGUUGAGCCAUAAAAUGAAAGAAGCUUACAUGUCACUAGCGGCUAUUAAGUUUACAAACGGAGAAUCGAAUGCAUUGGUGCUUGAGAAUGUCGAGCAGGCUCAAAUACGUGUUCAGCGAAUCACUGAGAAUGUCUCGGGUGUUACGACGACGUACUUAGAAGCCGUCGAAGAGACAGGUGUGACUAAUGCUCUUCAAUACGCUGGCUUGGGCGCUGGUGGUCACCGCACCAGUGAGGCAAAGAAAUCAUUCAGAGAGGCCGUGCAUCUUGUAUUGAAGCUGGCAUCUUUGAGAAAGACCUGCGUGCUACUGGACGAAGCUAUUAGGAUCGCCUGGAGGAAAGUCAAUGGAAUAGAAAAGGUCAUUAUGCCUAAAUUGCGUAACACAGAACACUAUAUACUAGUCGAGAUAGACGAAUGCGAGAGGGAAGAAUUUCAUCGACUCAAGAUGGUAAAAGCUAAAAAGUUAAAAAACAAAGCAAUGGCUGUACAUAAACCAAUUAAUCGACAAGGCGGUGAUCACAGUGUAUUGGAUAGCAAGCCUUUGGUCCUGUCUUAUGAAAAGUCUUCGGAUGUUCUAAUGAGCGUUUUACAUCCGUGUCAGUCGUUGACCUCUUCGAGUGUAUCUUUUGGAGACUGCAAGCCAAUUUGCUACCCUCAUAAUUGGGAUGACGAUGAUUUAUUAUUUUAGACAUCAUAUCCACAUAUUACAAUGAAACAUCGUAGUGCACAAUAGU